AUGGGAUCAAUUUUCAAAUCAAAUCUAAUUUCUUUGAGAGUUGGAAGUCGAACCUCUCCACACAUUUUCGGUUUUCAUAAAGUUCUUUACCGAUCCUCUGUCUUUCCUCUUCAAUCUCAGAAUCUCAAUGGAAAAUAUUAAUAAUAAUAAUAGUAAAGCUCUAGUGGAAGACGAUGAGAAGCGAGGAAUUGGAAAUGAACAUGAAGACGAGGAGGGAUAUCGCGAGGAGUUCCAAUGUUGCAUUUGUCUAGAACUCCUUUACAAGCCAGUUGUAUUGGCAUGUGGCCACAUCUCAUGCUUCUGGUGUGUGUUUAAUUCUAUGAAUGUGUGGCAUGAGUCUCACUGUCCAGUUUGUCGCCACCCAUUUAAUCAUUUCCCAAGCAUCUGUCAAUUACUGCACUUUGUGCUCUCAAAGUUGUAUCCUUUAACCUACAAGACAAGAGAAAGAGAAGUGAGAGAAGAGGAAAAUAAGCAUGGUCAUUUCUCACCGCAGUUUGACUGCUAUUUAUUCGGAUCAAACCCUAGUAAUGGGUUUGAAAACGUAGGCAAUACUCUACACUUCCCUUCCCAUCAACAAGAAAGUCGUUGUUCCGGAGAAGAGAAAUCUUCCUCAGUCAUGAAUUUGUUGGAAAUGACUGUUGAAUGUGGAAAUGAUUCUGGCAAACUAGCAACAUCUUCAGAAAGAUCUGAGGCCACUGUGAAUGCAACCAACCAAGAAUGUAAUCUGCUUGGAAAUGAUGUUGAACAAAAAACUCUCAACCAAAUUUCCAUUGACGACUUAUCUUGUGCUGCAUGCAAAAAGUUGCUCUUUCAGCCAGUUGUUAUGAACUGCGGCCAUGUAUAUUGUGAGCCAUGUAUCAAUAUUCCUGAAGGUGGAAACUUUAGCUGCCCAGUCUGCCAAAGCUUGCAGCCACAUGGGCUCCCUAACAUUUGUUUGAUUCUAAAGCAUUUCGUGGAGGAGCAAUUUCCUGGGUUAUAUGCGGAGAGACGGGAAGCUUUGCUUAAACAAACAAAUUGCUUAAGACAACAACAUUCUAGCCGAACAUCACCAUUUCCCAACAAUGCUUACUCACCAUGGUGGUCUGGCAGUAGGCAAAAGGUCCAUGUUGGAGUGGGUUGUGACUUAUGUGGGAUAUCUCCAAUUAUAGGGGAGAGAUACAAAUGCAAAGACUGCAAGGAAUUGAUGGGUUUUGACCUAUGUGAAAACUGCUAUAAUAAUCCUGUCAAGCUCCCGGGACGAUUUAAUCAACAGCAUAAACCAGAACACAAGUUUGAACUUGUACAGCCAGCAAGUGAUGUGCAAUUUUGGGUGAUUUCUGAAUUUUCCCAAUAUGAGGGCUCAGAUGCUUCAGAAAAUCAAGAUAGUGUUUCCCGUGCGCCCAUUUCAUCAGCCAAUGUUUCACGUCACCAAGAAGAUGAUAACAAUGAUCUUGAAGAUGCUUCUUCUCCAUACAUUGUGUCAGUUGAUGUUACGAUGCAUCCAGCAACAGAUGAUUGUGAUUAGAACCGACAAUCAGAUUUCACAUGACAAGUAAGGGAAGGGUAAAAAUGCCAGUAAGUAGUUCGAGGGCAAUAGUAUUCUGUCAAGCUACAACACUGGAAAUAUUCCUAAAGCUAUUUUUCAAUUGAAAAAGGUACCACAUUUGCGUUCAAAGAGAUGAAAUUUUGGGUGGUAGACAUCAUGAAAUUGGACAUUAAAAGAUCUUAAGAGAAGGAUAUUGUGUAGCAGAGGCAACUUAUUAUUUGCCUAUAAAAUGGCAUCACUGGAUUAAUGAAUAUGCAAUAACUUAACUUUGUUUACUUUAUCUAUCUGCAAAUGUGUGUGUUCGAAGUCUUUAUUUAAGAAGAUUAUUUGUUUCA